AGCACCUUUUUUUCUCAGAGAAGGAACCAAAACUCCGCUCCCUCCCUCUCUCUCCGUACAUUAUAAAACCUCUUCCCUUUCCCCCGCCAUUUUCCUCGUCGUCGUCUCUCUCUCUCUCUCUCUCUCUCUCUUUCUCUCUCAUACUACCCAAUUGCCAUUAAUGUCGUCUUCCAAGCUCAAGGUCGACGAGCUCCGCGCCGAGCUCUCUCGCCGCGGCCUCGACACUUCCGGAACCAAACCCACCCUCGUGCGGCGCCUCGAGUCGGCGCUCCGCAAGGAGAAGAAAGCGGAGGCGGCGGCGGCAGCGGUGAGUGACGGUGCCGCUGCAAAUGCUGGGAAGAAGAGGAAGCGGGACGAGUUAGCGGGGGACGGGGACGUGGACGGGGAAGGGGAUGGAGAUAGGAAUGGGGUGAUCGGCGAUGUNGAGAGAGGGGGAGCCGAGGAGGGGGUGGGGAGAGAGAGAGAGAAAGACGAAAAAAAGGGGGGGCCCCACCGAAGCCCCCCGCCAAACGCGGGGAGGCUUUGGCAGGAACCCAUGAUUUAA